CAAAUGUAUAUGUACUAUUUUAUUGCAUGGCAGUGGUAACAAAUUUGGAGGGACUGCACAUGUGACAAUAACAAAUUCAAAUCUGACACUAAUUUUCACCUUGAUUUCAUGCAAACAAUAUAGUAUAGGUGAAAUUUUGGCAUGAUAUAGAUAAACGACAAAUUCAAUUCAAACCUCCACAUAGUCAAAUUUCAGGUUUGGUGUCCAAGACUUCUUCAUAAAUAUGCUAGCUUCACUCACUGUCUAUCACAGCUUGUGGUAGAUCAAAUAAAACUAAUACAUGGCGCUCAAGAUUUAUGGUCUAGCCAUGUCGACAAACACAACUCGUGCCAUGAUUUGUUUGCAUGAAAAAGAAGUUGAUUUCGAGCUUGUUCCAGUCAAUGUGUUUGCUUCUGAGCAUAAGCUGCCUCCUUUUCUCAACAAAAAUCCCUUUGGUUUGAUUCCGGUACUUGAAGAUGAUGAUCUCACCCUCUUUGAAUCAAGAGCCAUAACCUCAUAUGUAGCUGAAAAAUUCAAGGAAAUUGGACCUGAUUUGAUUAGGCACAAAGACAUAAAAGAAGCUUCAUUAGUCAAAAUGUGGACAGAGGUAGAGUCUCACUACUAUGACCCUGCAGUAUCACCAAUAAUCUAUGAAUACUUUGUGGCUCCAUUUCAAGGCCAAGAACCAAACAAGACAGUGAUUGAAACAAACAUGGAGAAGCUGAAGAUUGUGCUUGAUGUGUAUGAGGCAAAAUUAAGCACAACAAAGUACCUUGCUGGAGAUUUUUAUAGUCUUGCUGAUCUUAGUCAUAUAUCUGAAACUCACUAUUUUAUGCAAACACCUUGUGCUUCAAUGAUCAAUGAAAGGAUUCAUGUUAAGGCUUGGUGGGAAGAUAUAUCUUCUAGGCCUGCUUUCCAAAAAGUUGUGGGUGGUAUGACUUUUGGUCAGAAUGAUCAGAAGUGAUUAUUUUGUUAGGCUCAAUUGCAUUAUUUAGUACUUCUACUUACUAUAAUCCUAUAUAGUAUUGGAUGUUCAUGAAACUUUGUUUAUGUUGACUGAGAUCCACCACAUUCAGGAAAAUCCCGCAUUCACACGGUCUAUGUGCUAAGAGUCGUUCGGUCUUGAUCUGACGGUUCGGAUCUAAGUACGGAAACUUUAAAUUUAUAAAAUGAAAAAUUAAAUUCAUACUUUUCUAGACCGUCUGAUCCUGAUCAAAUGACUACAAACAUGUUGACUAUGUGAUUGUGUCUUCCGGCCAAUGGCAGAGAAUCCAUUUUCGUGUUUAUGCUGCAUACUCUCUCAUCUAUUGUACCAAAUUUUAUCCUCUCAAAUAAGAAUUGUACUGCAUUUUUUGGAGAAGCUGAUCAAAGUAGCAUCCAUUUAUGGACCUAAAACAAUUUGUUAGAAUUUUAUUUAAAAAAAUCUGAAACAAACAAGAUCAAAAAACUUAAAAUGUGAUUAUCUU